UAGAAAGAGAAGAGCGAACGAUCGAAAUCAAUGUCCGCGAUUUUAUUUAUCCUUUCGUCUUCUUUUCCAUUUCUUUUUAUUUUUCUUUUUUCCUUCUCUAUUCUUUCUUUCCUUCCUUUUUUUCCUCUUUUUUUUCUUCUUUUCGUAAUCUUAUCACGACGAUUAUAUUGUCAAAAGAAAAAAAGAAAACAUAAAUGAAUAAGUAAAUAAGAUAAGUUAAAAUAAAUCAAGUAAUGGAAGAGAAAAGAAAAAGAAAAGGAUGGGAAAAAGGAAAGAAGAGAAAAGGAAAGAAAAGAAAAAGAAACAAAUCAACCAUGCUCAUUCGAAAAUGUGUAUUAUUAAUCUCUUUCGAAAGCAACAAGCCCAAGCACUUUUCUCACUUAAUUUCAUGGCUUUUCUCGAGCCUUCUUCUUCUUUUUCAUCGACGAAGAAGAAGUUAUGUUGAAAGCUUUCAAAAGCUGUUCUUUAUUAUUACAUACAUAUAUAGAUCGCAAAUAUAGAUUAUAUAUAAUAAACGACGACAACAGCAACAAUAACAGCAACAACAAUAACAACAAAGAAAAAUAUAUAUAUAUAUUGAGAGAAAGAGAGAGAGAUACAUACGCAUAGAUAUAUAUAUAUACGUACAGAUACAUACACACAUACACACACACGCAUUAUAUAUACAUAUAUAUUAUAUAUAUGCAUAUGUUAUAUUGAAAGUAGAACAAACGUGCAUAUCGAUUCGUACAACGAGGCGUCGAUCUGAAAUGAAAUUCCAACCCAGACACUCGAUUCAUUAUUAUUUAUUUAUUUAGUUUUAUUAUUAUUAUUAUCAUUGUAAUUAUCAUUAUUAAUAUUGUUGUUGUUACUAUUAUACUAUAGAUAGUAUAGUUAAUACGAUCAAUAACGUCGGCGUUCAUAAUCGAUUCUCAAUCUAACAAUUUUAUGAAAAUCGAUAGAUCGGAUUAAAUAUUAUAAAAUGAAAGACGAAACGGUGAACAUCGAUGUUAUUAAUUUUUCCUAAUCGACUUAUUAGAAUAAUAAUGAUAAUGAUGAUGAUGAUUACUAUUAUUAUUAAUGUUGUUAUAUCAAUACCUAUGGUUAACGUAAACGUUAUCAUCGUUAUCAUAAUGGACACUGUCGAGCGUAAAAAAAAUGCCGUAUAUUAAUAUUAAUAUUUUUAUUAUUAUUAAUAUUAUUAUUAAUAUUAUUAUUAUUAUUAUUAUUAUUAUUAUCAUCAUCAUUAUUAAUGUUAGUAUAUUCAUGAUCAUCAUUAUCAUCAUCAUCAUCAUCAUCAUAGCAAAUGGACAAAAUGACCGAAAUUUAUUAAAUGCAUUGAUUGCAGUGUUGCAAUACCAUUUGUUUCGUUAUUUCCUAUCAUUCCAAUAUUUUCCUUAACUUCACAAGAUUCUUAGAUUAUUUCGUAUAUGUAUCGAUCAUUAGAAGUAUAAUAAAAUAAUUUUUAUGCGAGAGUAUAAAUAAAAAAGGAAAAGAUAGGUAGAUAAAUAGAGACAAAGAGAGUGAACAAAUACUUUCCGAUUUUUUCCAAACUGUAAUAGAAAUUUAUAAAGAAAGAGGUCUUAUCAAGAUAUCUGGAAAAUGCAAUGAAAAUGAAAUUGAAAACAAAUGAAAAACAAAUUAAAAAGUAUGCAGAUAAUGAAAUACUAAUCGAUAACAAUUCUAUUCUAAUUUCAUUAUUUUCAAAUCAAUGCAAUGAAAAAACGUGCAACUUUUUUAUUUGUUCCGUCACAUCUGUUCUGUUUUAUUCGUGAAUACAUUCACCGACUAAUAAGUAGACCAAAGAAACCGUUUAUCGGCUGUAUAAAAGUGGGUUACGAGUACGACAUUUAUAAGAGGUCAGAAAUUAAUCGUGCGUAACUGAGAAAGGAAAGAAACAUAAAUAAUAAUAAUAAUAAUUACGACGACGACGACGACAAAACAACAACAACAAUGAUGAUGAUGAUGAUGAUGAUGAUGAUGAUGAUGAUGAUGAUAAUGAUAAUAAUGAUAAUAAUAAUAAUUAGAAAAUUUUAUCUAACAUAGACAUUCCAACGAUUUUAUCGUCGAAUAUCUCAAUCUCUUUUUCUAAUCUAAUAAUUAGAAAAUAUUGCAUCCAACGUAUGUUAUAAGAUUUUAUCGACUAAUAUCUCAAUCUUACAUUUUCUAUUAUCAUAAAAUUCAUGAAAUAUCUAUAAUUGAUUAUAGAAUAUGUUCUCAUUUAUGUUCGUCGUCAUCUUCGCCUUCACUCCGUCGAAUUUAAUUAUUUUUUCUUUUUAAUUUCUUUUCGUAUGUAUUGGAAAAAUACAUAUUUUGCUAGAAGAAGCAAUGAUACGAUGAUAUAUGUCUCUUUGUAAUUGAUUCAAUCAAUUUUUUCUUUCGAGCUUGUAAUAAGGAUAAAACGUCUCAAUGUAGAUGAGUACAUUCUGGAAAUCGUAUUUGAUUCUGAAAUUAUAUUUUGUCUCUUAGAAAAAGAAAGACAAACAGAGAAAAUCAAUAAUGAUUUAAUUUCUUCUCAUGCAAAUCUGUAUGUCGAUUAAUUCAAAUCAUGUUUUCGUGUUUACAAGAAUAUUAAAUCGACAGAUGUUUGUUUAUUCAGCUGUUCGUAGGAACGUGCCAAUGAAACUAUUCUAUCUAAAAAAAACAUAUUUUUGAUUCGUUCUAUUGAUCUUAUAUAUUAUUUCCAUUCUGUGAUUUACAUACAUAUAUGUGUUUGUAAAUAAUAUGAUCUUAUAAAUGUUUCUUUGCAUUGCAUUAUAUUUUAUUUAUUUUAUUCUUAUACUAAUAUAUUUUAUUAUUUUAUUAUCAUAUUAUUAGAGAUAAGAUAUUACAAUUAGCUAAUAUUAUAUCUAUGUAAAAGUUCUAAUUGUCUUAUAAUUAUCUUAAAAAUAUAUUGUGACAUUAUUAUUGUUAUAAGCAAUUAUUAUAUUUUAUUAUAUAUAGACAAUAUAUUAUAGUUAUUUAAUAUUAUAUAUAAUCCAAUAUUAUUAUAUACAUUUUAUCUAAUAUUAUUAGCUAAACUAUAUUGUACGAAAUAUAUAAAUAUAUUUGUUAAUAAUAAUAGUAAUAAUUUCAAUUCAUUAAAUACUGCAAAAAAAGAAAGCGUUUCAUUCGAUCGAUUUGUCCAUGCAAAUUUUUUUUUUUUUUCUUUUUUUUAAUUAAUUUUUCUCGAAACUAAGGAUGUUCACAUAUUAGUUAUCAAAGAUUUUAUCGUAUGUAAGAUUUAAAAGAAUUUGUGGAAUCGUUUGAAUAUUGUCGGACAUUGUUGCGGUUUCGGCUUGCCAUCCAACUUCAAAUGCCAUCGAGACAUUCUAGAAGUUUCGCAUGGGCGUGCGUGUGUGCAUAAUUGCGAUAGUAUUACUUCCGAAUUACUUAAUAUUAUACGUCUUAUAAGCUAAAUCUAUGUGUCUGUGCGUAUAUAAUGUGUAUGUGAUCACAUUCCAGACUUUCUUAAGCAAUUAUGCCAUAAUGCACGAGCAACUUACAACCAUCGACCCUUUGGCAAGAAUAGCAGAAGCCGUUCGCUGACUCGACUGGCAGUACAUGGAACAGGACGAAGAUGUCAAAGUCAAUGAUCAAUUUCUAAUCGUUGUCCUGCUUUUCAUCAUUUAAUUAUCGUCCAUCCGAUUCUUCUACCCGAGUUUAAUAAUAGAAUUGUCAACUGAGUGAUCUGAUGGUCUUUCGAGAUGUCGUGGAAAUGGAUAUCAAGUUGUAUUCUUGCAACAUGGUUGUUGAGCACAGUUGGAGCGAUUACCGUGUCCAUAGACCGUUCUGAUAUUAAAACUUCACCAACACGAUCGUCGAUGAUCGCAAACGGAUGGAGACCACUGGCAAAUGGAUACGAAGAUGCGAUCAAUACGAAUACAAAGUCGACCAAUCAUCUGGAGAGAAACGUGCAGCCUCAUCCUGUAUUAAAUAAAUUUCAAGAGCACAUGAUCAAGUCGGAAAAACUGAAAUCCCAAAGGAACAAAAAUAAGCAGAACCCCUCGUCCAAUCAAGAUUACAGUCCUCCUACUAUACUUGGAAGUUUCACAGUUUUUGGUAAUGCUGCGGCCAAGGCACGUGGAGAAGGGCAAAAAGUUUCUCAACAAGGUCAUGGAAAUAAUAAAUACGUCGCUUCGGAAACCAGAGAUUAUACAUUUUUGAUACCACCACCGAAGGACGCAUAUCGAUUUGAACAUCCCGAGCCACCGCGCAAAAUUAUUAGAGACAAUAGUUAUUCGAUCGUAAACGAUUUCUUAAGGCAACCAGCAUACGUACCGCCCCAGGUACAUCAAAUUAUACCAGAUGCAGUGAGAGCUGCUACUUAUUUUAUCAAAGGAUACACAUCGACGACCAAUCCAACCCUAUCGACGUCAUCCAGAAAUAAUAGACCACCGACGUCCUUCUUCAAUGGUUAUUCCAACGGUGUUCCUCAACUACUUCAACCUCCAAGACAACAAGCUAUACCAUUCGAAUCAUUAAAAAUACCUAGCAAUGCCAAACCGUAUCUUCAACCACCCGGUAGCGAACCUGGCGAAGAUUUUGGUAAAAACGACGGGAUCGUUGAACAAAAACGUCAUCCUAGUUACGAGAGAUAUCAACCUCAAAUACACACGUCCAACGGUAAUUUUUACGCUCAAGUGAAUCAUCCAAUAAAUCAUUACAAAACUUCCUACGAGAGGAAUCCGGCUUAUCUUAUUCAUGAAAGUCACGAAGUUAGUUACGUGACACCUUCCUCUAUAUAUAACGAGUACAAUUUCAGACCUUCCGUGUCUUAUGACACAUUAUUACCGUCCGAAGUUUAUUCAACUUCUAUGAUUGAUAUGUCGUCGACUACUGCAACACCGCAAAUUCAAAAUCAGUCUUUGAAAUACGGUCAUUCGAACGACGUCAUUCGCGAAGAAAAUUAUUAUAAAAGUCCUCGUAUCGUUAGUACUACUGUCAAACAGAACGAUAAUCAUAGUAAUAUUUUAUCGACCUCAAUUAUACCUAAUACUUAUUACGUGUCCGAGCAACAAGAUUUAACUCCGCCACCGGCCUCUUGGCCAUUAUCAAAAAAUAAAUACCCUUCGGAUAUAAACGAGGUAUUGCCGAGGGUUAAUCCACCGAAUAAAUUCGCUCCCGGUGUUGUACAAGCCAGUCAGCUUCCACCACUACCAAGUACGGUUUAUGUUAACCCUCAAGUACAUCAAUAUCAAAGCUCUAUUGUACCUAGCCAACAGCAUGAUUAUGAAACGCCAGAGAGUAUAUCUUUAAAGCAUUUCAAUGAGCAACAGUUUAUUAUUCAACAACAGCUUGUACAUCGUGACAGAGAACGUCUUGCUGAACAGGAGCAUCAGCAACAGAUGGAAAUUAAACGUCAACAACAGGAAGAAUUAAAAAAACAUCAAGAGGAAUUAGAGAAAUUAAUUAAACGAGACAAAGAGGAAGAGAAUAAUUCGUCCGUCGAGAGGAACAUUACUGAUCACAUUGAAUUCGCGAAAAUCAAUAACGGCGAAAGGCCAUAUACAACUGAACUCCCCCAAUACGAAAUCCCUGUGGUAAUUUCGCAAUCGCCUAUUAUCUAUAACGAACAAAAUACAUUCAAAGAGCGCACCAAGUCUCAUGGGUCGCAGAUUCAACAACCAAAGGUAGGUUCGCUAUUGAAAACGAGCUUUGAAAAUCAAAAAUAUCAAACGCAAUUCAAUCAAGAACAACAAACGAAUUACAACAAAGAAUCGAGUAAUUAUCAAAAGGUAUUGAAUAACCAACAACAGGAGCACGUUAAUUAUCAAGAACCUGAAUUACAAUCUCACAGACAACAAAAACCAUCGCGCGAUCAAUACAGAAGAAAGAAGCCUGGUGUUGCAAAUACGAGCGAGAGAGGUCACGAAAAUAUAAUUACGACUGAUAUACCGAUUCAGUCACCGGAAACAUUGAUUCCCAGUACUUUCUCGCUCGAAGAAAUAUCUAUACAUACGACCGUUUCACCGGAACCUACAACUUUCCCAAACUCCCAAAGUAUAACUCAAAGAUCGAGAACUCGUAGACCAGGAUUAUCAAGCCAACGAAGAAGACGUCCUUCUACAACCACACCAGAACCUAUUACUCUAAGCGAAGGUGAAUACUAUGAAAAGUACGAGGAUAUAGAACAGCAACAGCUUGAUCCCAUUAAACGUAGACGUAUUAAGCCAACACAUGAAACGUACCAGGAAACGUAUUUCGAAAGACGACCAAAUAUAAGGAAACGUCCCGGUAAUCGAAUUAGGGUUAAUCACGGAGAACCCUAUGAAGCAGAAAUCGUUACUGAGAUUAUCCAGACUCCUGUCAAUGCCUAUAAGGGUAAUAGUGAACAUCGUGAGAAAUACCUCGAAGAUAAUAAACAUGCGUCAAACUUAUCUAACAAUCAAUAUUUCGACUAUACAUCCGUUGGAUCCCAAUAUACGGACGAUGAUCGUCGAAAUUAUACUACUGAAAUUAUUCAAUCGGAAUACUCAACUGAAUUAACCAAAAGUGAUAACUUCGAGGAAUCUCAAGAUAUUAUUCGCGAUCAUAAUCAUCGGAUGAAUACGAACAUUGGCACGAAUAUUCCUCUCGAAGAUUUGUUCGUUAAAACAGAUGGAUAUUACUUCGAUAAAGAUAUAGCUACAUUGCCUACAGCGACUAUAGAUAUUAAAACAACUACAGCAGCUUCCACCACCACCGCCGCUGCUUCCACCACCACCACCGGGAGCAGCACCAAUACCAUGACUAAUACGCCGACUACUACGCAGACUACCACGACGAUACCGCCACCAUCGCCAACGUUGCUUCCCCCGACCUCAUCUUCGUCACUAUCUACGACAACCUCGAUCGUUAAACUCGUUACGCAACCUUCCCAUGUUCCUCUGACUACGUCGAGACUUAGAAUUCGUCCGAUGCGACUUGGUAAUACAACCAGACCAAGAUUCAGUAUAAAAGAUUAUCAAAAUCGAAUAGAUUAUAAAAAUAAAUUUUCCACUACUACGGAACCUAAUCAGACAGUUCAAUCUAAACAGAAAUUAUUCAAUUUCAAGCUUCAGCAAAACAAGGAGCACGUGGGAAACAGGGACACAACUGGUAGAUACAAAUAUAUGUUUAGAACAAGUCCUGUAGCUACCACUGCUACACCGACUAACGAACCAGAAAAUAAAUUCGAAAACGAACGUAAUCCAUCAUCAUCUACCACAGAACGAUCGAUCAAUAGAUUCGUCCCUAAGAGAAGACCGUCGAGUGAUAAUUUUUACCGUAGUAGAAUAUCUGGUAUUACGAGUAAUCGAUCUCAGCAGCAGCAGCAGCAGCAGCAAGAACAACAACAGCAACAACAAGGUAAUAGCGAAAACAGUUCGAAAUAUAAUACAGUCAGACUAGAAAAUAUUUUUUCUUCCUCAGUGAGACGCAGACCAAUUAACCAACACAGACGACUAGUUUACAAAGAGUUCCCUAUACCCGAUCAUUAUGAUUCUAUUAAUAAUCAUACUGAUAAUAAUUAUAAUAAGACAGCGUUAACAACGGAAUUGGCCGUUGAAGAAACUAGUCACCAUGUAAUUGGUACAACAGCAUCCUCCAAUAAGCAACCACAAAAAGACGUGGUUGCUGACAAAGACGAAGUUGAAAGAUCAAAUCAUUCGUCAAAAUUUAAAGAGAAAAAUGAAUCAAGCAACAAGAAAUUUGAUCACAUGGGUAUCGUCCAAGAUAAACACGAUACCAUUCAGAUCAAUGCUUCCAACAAUAAUAGAGAAGCCACGGUUGCUAUGCAGAAAGAAAAUAAGGAGGAUCAGAACACUAUGGAAAAACAAUGGAAAGGUACAAAGAAUCUCGACGUACCUUACGAAGAAGAAGAAUUACUUGCGAAAGCAUCUCAAAGUGUAGCUGACCUCACUAGCUCGGCGUCUGCUCUUUACAAUAAACCCGGCAUGUUCAAAGCUGUUUCACCCGAGAGCAGAGUAAUAUCGCCAAAUUUCAAGAUCACCGCGGACGAAUCUACAUUGCCGAUCGAAGCAUUCUUCCAAGAGCUCUCCAAGAAGAAUUGAAGAAGUUUCAUCGGUCACAACAACAUAGGUACUUAUGGCCAAUAUUUAAUGUAGAAUUCAAUAACCCUUUCGCGACCAAAGGCAUUGUAAAUAAAAUAUGAUUGACGAAUAUAGCCGCUUUUCAUAAGAUAUCACGUAUUAUUUGUAUUAUGAGUAAUUAGAGAUAUUACGUAUCGAGUAUUUUUCCUGAGAGCUUAUAAAAAUGUUUUCGAAACAGCUCAACUCUUUUUUAUUUCUUUUUUCUCUCCAAUAAACACAGUCAUAGUGAUUCGGGUUGCAACGAAAUGUAAAUACAGCCGCUGGCGUACACAGUUUGGUGCGGCGACGCGUACCGUGGGAGUGCCGUCGCGAAAGGGUUGAAAACAAAGAGAGUAGAAACGUAUACGAUCGAAUUAUAUUCAUGUUUAGUAGCGUCUCGCUCGAUAAUAGGCAAAUUAUAGUAAAGAUUAAUAUUGAAAAAAAAACAAAAAAACAAAAAAAGAAAAAAACAUAAAAUAUAUAAAAAAAAGAACAGAAAAAUAAAAAAACCAUAAAAAACAAAAAAAAAAACAAAAAAUAAAAACAAAAAAAAAUUAUUCAAAUCAUAUAUAUGCAUGCGUAUCUGUGUAUGAUAAUUAUCGUAAAUAAAGAAAACAAAAUCUUUCAUGCUAAAAAAGUAAUCGUAAAUUAAAAUCUUUUAAAUAUUAAUAAUCAUUCAUCGAAAGAAAAGUCGUGAAUCAUAUGUCUAUAUAUAUACAUAUCUAUGUGUGUUUUUAUAUAAAAAAAAGAGAAAAAGAAAAAAAAACUGAAUGUAAAGUAGACUGAGCGAGACGAACAAAACGUAUCGUUUUACUUUGAUUUUUAUUAUAUAUUAUAUUUCUAUUAGAUAUUUUGAUGUAUAUAUGUAUAUGUACUAUAUAUAUAUACAUAUGUAGCUGUGUAAAUAAUUACAUUUUUCACGGUAUAAUUUUUCUUCAUUAUCAUGCCAUGUUAUUUUAUAGUUCACAUUAAAUUAUAGUUAAGCACACGAAAAGUAUCGUUAGAUAGAAAAUUUAUUACAUAAAUCAUAUCAUUUUUAAUUUAUUGAAAGCACGACCAUUAUCACUCGAGAACAAAUAUCAAUGAUUUAAUUGACGGAAAGCUACGAAAGUUUUCUUUUUUUUUUUUUGUAAAUAUUAUUAAGUACUAAUUUGUAGUAAAUCAUUCUUUCAAGAAAAAUUAUUCGCCAGUUCGCUCGAAUUUUAUUUAUAUAGAAUCACAGGCAGAAAUCUAGUAGAAAAAUGCAAAACAAAAUUAGAGCGAAAUAGAUAGAUAUAUGAAUUGGAACAAAAGGAGUGGGAGAAGACAGUAAUAUUUCGUGCAAUAUGCUAGUUCUGCAAUAGGUAGAUAAUUAUUGAACCGAAAUAGAUAGAAGCUUUAUGUAAAUAUUAAUCAAUAUACAUACGUAUUUACAUAGAUACCUGUAUGCAUAUUCAUAUAUUCACGUAUCUAUGUACAUACGUAUACUUUCAUUUACCCGCGAGAUAUGUAAUCGAAAAGAACGUUUAUCCUAGCGAAAAUGGAAAAGAUAAAAUUUCCAUACAUAUUUAUAAUAUCGUCGAAUGCAUGGAAUAUUUCCUUUUUAUUUUUUCAUAUAAAGCCAUCUGCACGAAUUUGAAUUUGAUAUAUAUAUAAGCAUGAAUAUCUGCAUGUCCAUAUAUAUGUAUUUUUUUAUCAUCAAUUAAUUUAAGCGAACUGGACUUAAUCAAAAGUAUUAGUUCAUUCGUUAAGAUAAGAAAAGAGAGAAAAGAGUGAGAAGAACGGAGAAAGGAAUACAUAUAAAAAGCAAAUACAUAUUUCUGUUAUAUUUACCUUCUUCUAUUGUUACUUAUCCUUUUAUCUCAGCAUUAUCCUAGAAAGUACCGUUUUACCUUGAUCUUUAUUACACAGAUAUUUUUUAUGAUUUUUGUAUCUUUAUCAUCAGUCUUGAAUUCAUCAAAAAUAUUAAUGCAUUCGUAAAAGAUCGUAUACGAACAAAUAAAUGUGAAUAAAACUUAAAGAGUUAUAAAACGAGUUAGAUAAAUGGAUUUCUUUUCUGUUGUUUUCUUUUUUUUUUCCCGUUUUUUUUUCUUCAUUAUACUUUUAUACUUUUUCUCAGGACUUUCAUAACAUUUUCGAAUUUUACGUAGAGUAUAAAUUCUAUCUACUACAUUUAUAUAUCAAAAAAUACCUGAUCUUUUUUAUCUCUUAAUACGUUUCGUUGUAAAAUUCUAUAUAAUUGACAAUUAGUUAAAAUUUUAAAUCAGUCAUAUGUUUUACAUUAUUUCACGUACAUAUUUUAUUUGUAAUAAUAUCAUCAAAUUAGAAAGUAAUGCCGUUUUUUUACGAAUAAAUUUGUAACUUUCAAAAUUCCGCGAAUACUUCAUUAAACAUAGAAAAGCGGCUUUUUGGAACGUAAAUCUAACUUGGUAGUACUUCGUGUCAAUUCAAUAGGAAAAUUGAUUCGGAAAUUGAAUUUUGGAAUUAUGAAGACUUUCCAUCUAUACCAACUUGCUGCACGUGAUUCACAGUGGUUAGUCUUCAAAAUUCCAAAAACAAAUUUUUUAAUUUAAUUAUUCAAACGGAUCACUAAUUUAAAAAGGAACGGCUUUGAAGUACACAGAAAUUUUUUCGAUAUAUAGAGAAAUGUUAUUACUUUUCUUUCAUAUAUUUAUAUAUAUGAAUAAAAUAAAUACGUAUAUAUAUUAAUAAAAUAAAAUAAAAAUAAACUCUCAUCUUGAAAAACAUAAUGUUUAGUAUAAUUUAAAAAAAUACGUAAUUGAAUUGGCACGAAAUCUAAUUUGGUGACCCUCAUUCAUGUAAUUCUGGCAAAAAAAGAUUUUAACAUCCUUAUUUUAUUCUUUUUUUGUAUUAUUUCACUAGAAAUUUAAAAUAUACUAUCUCCAAGAAAUGCGAUAUUGAGAAAAAAAAAACCAGAAAACAAAACUUUAGUAUUUUAAUUUUCUUUUUCUUACUCUUCUUUUAAUCCAGAUAAAUAAAUUAAAUACAAUUUUUUGAUGAAAUAUCUGAACUAAAUCUUAAAUAAUGAAACAUACAAUUCCGUCAACAUGAAGAUAUGCACGUAUCGUUUUAAUCAUAUAAUACUUAAGGGUUAUAUGUAUUGAUAUAUGUGUUUAUGCAUGUGUGUAUUACGUAUGAACGUUAUCCAAGGUACAUUAUGACGGAAUUGUAACCCCAAGUAAACAAGCAAAACGUGUGGAAGAGAUUAUUAUUUCUUCUGAAAGAUUCUUUGAUAAUGAUUAUUAGAAGUUUGAACGUGCUUAAACCAUCGAGCAUUUUGAAAAUACAUCCCUCUUCCAGAAGAUCUUCCCAACCUUUUACAGAUCCUAUUUAGUUACGUGUGUGUAUAUACACACGCGUACACGUACACGCAUAUGUACGGCUACGACAUAUAGGCAUACGCAUACACGCGCGCAGACACACACACAUACACAGAGAUAAUAUAGAGAUAGAUUUUUAAAAAUUUCAAAUUCUACUGAUUUUAUAAAAAAAAAAAAAAGUUUCAAAUAAAACUUUACUAAAUGUAAAAAAUGGAGAUAUAAUAUUUAUUGCAGCUAUUUUAUAAAAGAACGCUGUUUCAAAUCGAAAUACAGAGGUCAUAACAUAUUUCUUCCUUUUCUUCCCUUUUUUUUCUUUUUUUUUUUUUUUUUUGAAGCUUUAAUCGAUAUUUUCAACCGAGCAAAAACUGUAAACUUUGAAUCCGUAUGAAUCGAACGAAUAACUAGACUGCAACAUUUUCAUCAAUAUUUCAUCGAGUUAUAAUGCCUUGAAACCCAACAAACUACAUAUAAUCGCAAUAUACGUAUAUGACAAAAACUGGCUCUGUGAAAGAACUGCAAUAAAUAUUACAUUUUUUAUCACUCCUAAAAAAGUUCGCAACUUUUAUUCAAAUUAUUUGUUCAUAAAGUCGAUAGAAGUUUAAAAGAUGUUUGAUUAUACAUCUUCUAUUUAAAUUCUAUUAAAAAUAUCUAUUUAAAUUGAAACAUCUUAUAUGUUUGUAUUAGUUAUAACGAUUAUAUAUCGUUUUAUUAUUUCACUUAAUUUAUUAAUUGAACCUUUUUAAUAAGAACUCGAAAAUGAAAAACUUUUAAGGGACCAGAAAUUGUUGUCCUUUUAGGAAAAAGUCUUUUUAUACAUCCACUUGGAUUAUUCCAUAUACUAUGUGAUAAUUAAAGUACAAUAAAAAAAUUUUCGAAGAUGCAUAUAAAAAAAAAAGAAUGAAUAAAUAAAUAAAUAAAUAGAUAAUAAGAAUAAGAAUAAAAAUAAAUAAAGUAAUUAACUUAUAUGCGGGAAGUUUUCACUUCUCUUCAUUAUUUAGACUAAAAUUAUUUUUUUAAAUAUCCGUGAAGAAAGAAGAGAGUGUAGUCAAUUGCGAACUUUUUUUUUCGGAUAGUUUAUCCAUUGAUUACUUAUUAAUAUAAUAAUAAAUAAUAUAAAAAAAGAAUAAAAUUUUUUUUCCCCGAAUUACAUAUAUGAGGGUCGUUGAUUAUUAUGUUGAAUAGCAAUAUGAAGUUGUAUCAUAUUAGCAGUAAAGAGAAAUACACAUCGAAGAUGUUACUGCGAUUAUCUUUUACUCUACGUAUAAUUGAACACACGUAUAGAAAGUUAUUGAGAACUCUAUUAUUGAUUAUAAUUAAUAUAUAUAAUAAAUAAUAUAAGAAAUUUAGUCAUUGUGACUAUUUUGUACUACGAACUCGUACAUAUUUAUAAACUUUUUUUCCAUUUUUUUUCUCUUUUGUUUUUUAUGCUGUCACUACUUUUUUACUACAAGCUCGUACACA